UCAGACCGGAAGUAGAUGUGUAGUUGCUGCUAACGGAAAACCGACUGCCUGAGAGAUCUGCAAAUCACAACAUAACGUUGCUCUAAGGAGGCUUUCUACAUCUCAAUUUCUCGCUGAUUAGGAAGGGCAGUGAUACCAUGUGGGAGUCACAUGAACGACGAGAAUGAGGCAUAAACAACAAGGGGGCAGCUUGAGGAGAGAGCCGCUGCACAGUGUCUGCCACAGGGAGGGGGUCUGCUGCAUGUAAAGGCCCUGCACAAGCAGCCCCCCUGUGUACCCCUUCUCCUUAACAUAUGCAAUGAACAUCACUACUGAGUCCCCUGCCACCAUAGAUGGAGAUGUGGCAGUCGGCUAUGUAUUGGUGCCAUUUCUCUUCAUCACCAUUGUCGGAAUAGUUGCAGCUGUGGUCAUGUACAUUCGUAGGAAAAGGAGAAUCGACAGACUCCGCCAUCAGCUGUUACCAGUUUACACGUAUGAUCCAUCCGAGGAGCUCAAUGAAGCCGAGCAAGAAAUGUUGUGGCGAGAAGAGGACACGAGGAUUGUACAAGGCUGGGCCAGAGGUUACCAACAGCGACGCCCUCUUCUCACCAAAGACGUCAAUGCAUGAUGGUGGUAGUAAACCGUGGCAAAUGACAUUUGCAGUGUGGAGACAAACCUCAGCCACAGACAUCAGUCAUGUUUGAAGUCAUGCACAAGAUUUUCUUUGUUUAUUUUCCUUUGCUACCGUCUGAUCUUUCCUGUCUCAUGUACAGACGAGAGUGACUGUUCAUCUGCGUGGUUGUGAUGCCGAUCCUGUGUGCCUAACAGACCUUCAGUUUAUUUAUUUAACAUUAUUUAUUCAAACCUUUUUUUUUUUACUGUGACGUGACUCAAAGUAAAGAAAGGUGGAAUCUUUCUAGAGUUAAAGGUUCCUGUAGGUUUACUAUGUUGUUUACAUUCAUACUGUUGUUGUGGGCAACGUGCGGCGAGUAGUCCUGUUCCUGUGGUUUGCAGUAGGCAUUCGCACUGACUUUAAUUUAGGGUGCAGAGUGUGGUAAGAGUACGCAUGUUGUGCACUAGUUAGAAAUCAUCACUCCUUCUGUGAGAGGGUUUGUGAUCCAUGCCUGGGACGGUUGUUGUGUGGAGGCUGUUUGCAGUGUAUUAAAAACAAAUAUGGCUUCUCUAGUGAAAUGCUUUUAGUUUGCACUUGUUGACUUGAAACACUGAAGUAUGACUUUUAAAUUCAAAGUUUCACACUGAUAAAGAUAGAUUUAUAAGAUAGAUGAGCUCUUCAACUGAGGCUGGAUGGAUUUUAUUUCACUUUCAUUUUGAGUCAAAACGUUCAGUGCACCCUUUUUGGUUUUAAUUUCCUCUGUAGAAUUUAACUAGCUGCCACACGAUCCCGAUCUUUUUGUGGUUUCGCCAAAUCCUAUGACUCUUAUCAAUGGCAUGAAAAGCCAGAUAUGGAAGUAAAUAACACCAACCCCCUCUCAUCCCCAAAAUGAGCUGUGACUAGUGCCCUAAAUAUGUCCUGUCUACAAGGCAUGGCACCAGCGCAGAUUUACCUCCAGCUGAAGAUGAAUGCCAUAGGUCUGACUGUAUCAAGCACUCAGGAAACUUGCUUUUUUUUUUCUUCGUGAUGAAUUGUAAUCCUUCCUGGCCUUUAUUUGCCUCUGUGAAUGUAAACCAAAUACAAUUGAACUGUUAAAACUGUUCUUGAAGGGGAACAUGUCCUGGUUGUCUUGGACAGAUAAUUCCUGGACUUGAUGUUAACAGGUUCGACAUCUCGAGGUGUUUCAGAAUGAGACAUAGCUUUUUAAUACAUUGUCAUCAUCUCUGGACCUGUAACAUGUUCCUCUGUGCUCCUUGGUCAUCUUUACAUCUCACUGUUCAUUUUCUAUGCAUUACUGAAUCAACUAUGACCUAGGGUAGUUACAAUUUAAACUGUACAAAUAUCCAGUCUUGACACUGAAUUGCACUGGUGCAACAUGUUUAACUUGUCAUGGACGGCUCUGAUCUCAGGUGCACAUAAGAAGUCAAAGAACUACUGAUAUAAUGUGAAUUUGGCAGCACUGUUAAAAGACUGUUGUACCUGUUUGAUGCUUUGAGAGUGAACUGACUGAGGCUGUUGAUUUAAACAUGGAACAUAUAAAUAAAAUAAUGUAACUUUGU